CUCAGAUGAGUGUAAACGAACUAUAGCAGCAUUAUAUAUAUAAGCAUGAUAUACCAAGAGAAGUCAGUCAGUCUGUUCCGAACUACCGGGGAUAUCGAACAAAUCGAGUGAAAGCUUCACGUGAAUAGACCAUUUGCACUCAACUAUUACGAGCAAGCGAGAUGUCGAAGUUUGUACUCUUCUGUAUUGUUGCCUGCUUGGCGGUUACUGUUAUCUCAGGUCGCAGCACCAAUAGCCGUGAUGAUAGGAUUCAAAAAUUCGGAUGCAGUCAACAUGGUGACCCCUGUAGCAGCGAUAGCCAGUGCUGUAACGCUGUAAAAAUGACUUGUCACAGAUACGCAGGAAGAUGCCAAGUUGUGAUAACUGCUGAGGAUUUGCAGGAACAGAAGACAAAGCUUAAACCAACUGGGCACAAACUUUGGUGAUUUCCGCAUGUCAAGCCAAAAACUAAGUGUAUAUAAGCAAAAAAAAAUUUUUAUAUAAUUUAAAAAAAUUAAAUAUGGAUUAUCUAUUCGGACGCACUUUGUACUGCGUUUUAUACUAUGACUAAAAGCAAGACGAAUAUAAAUUAUAUCGAAGAGUGAGAUGUAUACCCUCUUUGAUGUUACAUGAGUUUUGUAAAUAUGAUUCAAAACUCAAAGAACAAAGAAUUGAAUCAAUAAAUCAGUUGUAUGACAACAAUUUAUGAAUAA